UUUUGAGAUGACUGCUGAAAAUUUAGGUGCCGAAGACUUGAAAAGUUGUGAUGAAGCUGUGCAUCAAAGUUCACAAGGGGAUCCAUCAACUGAUCUGUCAAAAGACCCACAAAUCUCAGAUAUUUGUGAUCUGGGUGCAGAUAAAAGUGGAAGCUCUUCAGGCUCCACUGACAAUCAUGAAGAAAGUGACUUGACUAAUGAGACAGCAAGAUGUUACAUGACAAACACAACUUACUCAGAAAGAAUCAUGGAAUGCAGAGCAGCAUUACUUAGUUUAGAUACUGCUGCGGAAAAGACACUUCAGUUAUUCACAGACUUGAGGUUUCCAGUGGCUAGAGAAGAUGUGCUGAGUGGGCCCGCGACUGAACUAUCAGAUUUAGCAUCGGAGCUUGUCCCAUCGAUAACUAGGAAAGUUCAGGAGCUUGCUGAUUUGGUGCACUCUAGCAAGAUGAAUUCCUGUUUGGAUGCUCGAGUUGAAGCAGUUGAGUUUGAGCCACUGAUCGGGAAAUUCGUGGAGAGUCUUUCGCGUCAGUCGACAAAAAAUGCAGGAAAUUCUGGCGGUACCGCGACUCACUGCCCUCCUGGGGCGAUUGACCGCGGAACUCGUGAUUCCACCGCGGGCAUCUGGCCCAUGGCACAAUUGAUCGCCGUCUGGGCGAUGGAUCGCCGCCCGACAUCCAGGGGGUGGCGGCGGAUCGCCGUCUGGGCGAUUUUGGGUGGACCUCUUGCUCUCCAGUGGCGAUUGAUUGUCGAUUUGGCGGUGGCUCUGCCACUCUUUGUUGAAAAUGGCGUAUUUUGCAAACCGGAAUGA